AUGGGUUUCGGUGAUCUUCAAACACGCGAUGCUCUUCUGUUACUCAAUACUUUUCUUGCUGAUAAAUCCUAUAUUCAAGGCUACUAUCCAACACAAGGAGACGUUGUAGUAUUUGAAGCCGUUAAACAACCUCCAUCUGGUGAUCUUGAACAUGCAUUACGCUGGUACACGCAUAUCGCUUCAUUUAGCGAUGUUGAGAAACAAAAAUUUCAAGGUGAAAGUCAAUCAAUUGAAAACUAUGGCCAAUAUAGUCAAGUCAAACAUGAAUUGAAGACACCUGCUGUUUCAUCUGAAAAGAAACCUGCCGAUCCCGAUGAUGAUGUUGAUUUAUUUGGGGAUGAAGAUGAAGAAGAAAGUGAACAAACGCGACAACGUUUAGCUGCUUAUGCAGAAAAGAAAUCUAAAAAACCCGCAAUUGUCGCGAAGAGUAGCAUUGUUCUUGAUAUUAAACCAUGGGAUGAUGAAACCAAUAUGCAAGAAAUUGAAAAUCAUGUUCGUUCAAUUGAAUUAGAUGGUUUACUUUGGGGUGUCUCUCAACUUGUACCACUUGCAUUUACAAUUAAAAAAUUACAAAUUACUUGUGUUGUUGAAGAUGACAAAGUCGGCACAGAUAUGAUUGAAGAACGUAUUAUGGAGCUAGCAGAUCAUGUUCAAUCUGUUGAUAUUUUUUCAUUUCGAAAGAUUUAA